AUUGGCUGGUGGGGGGGAACAUGGCGAGGAAGGCGCACGGAGGAGCCGAGAGUGAGAGCCGGCUCUGCCCGAUGGCCGAGGAAGGUGUGAGCGUCGAACGGUGCGGGGAGGGGAAGACCGACCCUUGUAAGGAGGGCAGCCCGAGGUGGGGCCCCCAGCACGCAGGGGCCAGAGAGUUGGCGGAACUUUACUCUUCAGGAAAGCGCUUUCAAGAAUGGAUCUGCGUGAUUCUGUGCUUCAUUCUGCUCUCCUUCAACUUUGUCUGCCUCAUACGAUAUUUCAGCUUCGAGCACACAGCCAGCAUCUUUGUUAGCAUCUUUGCAGGGAUCAUUACUGCUGAUUUCGCCUCUGGAUUAGUCCACUGGGGAGCCGACACGUGGGGAUCCGUGGAUCUGCCGAUUGUUGGAAAAGCCUUCAUCCGACCAUUUAGAGAACAUCACAUUGAUCCUACUGCAAUUACAAGACAUGAUUUCAUUGAAACCAAUGGUGAUAACUGCAUGGCAACGCUUAUUCCCUUGGCCUGCAUGGCUUACAAAUUUCUGUUCUACACUCCAGAUCUCAUUUACAAAACCUACCAGCUCGAGUGCUUCAUCUUUGCCCUCGCCAUGUUUGUGACCCUUACAAACCAGAUUCACAAGUGGUCUCACACGUAUUUUGGUCUUCCUGUCUGGGUGGUCUUCCUUCAAGACUGGCACAUCAUACUGCCCCGCAAACACCACCGUAUCCACCACGUGUCUCCCCAUGAGACUUACUUUUGUAUCACAACAGGUUGGUUGAAUUACCCACUGGAGAUGAUUGGAUUCUGGAGACGUCUUGAAGACUUCAUCCAAGGUGUCACGGGAGAAAAGCCGCGGUCCGACGACCUUAAGUGGGCGCAGAAAGUGAAGUAGCCUUUGCGCCACCCUGCACGAAUCCUUGAAUGAGUUGCCAACCUUUUUAAAAAAAAAAGUAAAAGUCAAACGUGAAAACUAAAGCCAUUAGCCAAAUACGUAAGCAGACUUACAGCAAAUAACUGAUGUUUGAGCACUAACUGUUUUAACAAUGUACAGACUGCAAGAAAACGAACUGUCACGGUCUCUCAAAGGAUCACUGGAAACCCCGGGCACGGAGUGCCCCAUCUCUGUUACAAUGAGCUAUAUCAGCUGACAGAUUCCGUUUUUUUUUUUUAUUAUUUUUUUUAUUUUUUAAUGUUUUGGGUUUCUCUCUCUUUUUUUUGCUGAUGUUUAGAUGACAUUUCACCUUUUUACCGAGUCUCGCAAGACUAUGGCUUGAGUCAGGAAUGAGGAAGAUUGAAUACUAACUUGCACUAUUGUAGAAACCUGUCUCAUCAGUGAAAAUGAAUGAGCAUUUUGUUGUAUCAACAUGAAUUUGCUGCCCUCGGAAACGCUGAAAUUGAACGAAUCAUUUAAAACUUAGUAUAGUCGCCUUUUUAUUGUUCUUUUCUAUUUUUAGUUGUCACCCUAGUCUGCUAGAAGGGCUAACGAUGAACGUCAUAUCAGCUUAAUGGUGAGAUAAAUGCAUGGCACUAGUGCUGGCCUGGCAAGACCAAUUGCAGUUUUCAUUGUGGUCUAGAGUUGGCUUGUACCCGUCCCCAUUCCUCCUCCCUUAAUGCCAGUUUAGGAAUACAGUUUAACCAGUUUGGUUCAGCGACAUUUUUUUCUGUGGCUUCUGCAUGUUCAAGCUCUCGUGCAAACCAAAAUUAGCCAAAGUUUUAAAAUUCGCCCACACCAUCGACAGUGUGCAAGUUUUAUAAUUUUCACAAAUUUUUGUUUGCAUAUCCCAAUUAACUUGCAGAAACCAUCUUAAAAUGUCUGUAAAAUGAGCCCCACAACCUCUCAUCAUUCCAUUACUGGUAUGAAAGCAACAGAACAGCAGUCGGUGUGAGCUCUCUUAGUAGCAUUGUGCAUUAUAUUUCUGGGGCACCUUCCCUGUUGCUGAAAUGGUGACCAGGAGCAAAUAAGAAUUAAAACCUAACCUAAUCAGUCUGCAUUCUGGGUGUUGGAGACAUUGACCCAGACAACAAGAUUGCAUUUGAGAGAGGCAGGAAAUAAUUUAUAGUACACACAAAACCCCCAAAACAAUCUAAAAAAAAAGUUAGAUUAUGUAUCUACUGUACAUUACACAGAAAAGGUAUUUCUAGGUGCACUUCCCCUUUAAUAUGUAGGUACCAUAGCUGUGGCUGACAUCCUGGGAAUACCAGGAUACAACCUCCUGGGCAGUGUGCACAUUUUUUUGGCUUCCACCACAAAUAGAGUGCUAUUUACAUUCAGCAGUGGUGGGUUCAAGGGAGGCAGACAAGUAGGAGUGCCACUUUUCUCCAAUGGGACCCUACCCUUAUGGGAGGUGGUAUAGACGGCUGUUCUGCACUCUUGGAUUAGAGCACUAAGGGUUGCGCUAUUGCACUUUUGCUUGGGGUAUUCAUAAAUGACCCUGUAUGUUCUUAGUGCGGUCUUAGUGUCAGAUAUGACUGGCUCACAGGCCACACCCAUGGCUCACCGUGUUAACCCACUUGUACAUUAUCUGUCCGCUUGGUCUGAGGUCUGAUCAGUUGGAUACUAAAGCUGGCCAUAUACGCACUAUCGUACGAAAUGAGGUUUCAUACGAUAUUUGGUGCGUGUACGGUGGAUUGACGAGACGACCGAUAUCGCAAAAGCCUUGGAUAUCGGUCGUCUCAUUGGUUGAAUGGGACAAAAGAUUUUGCUUGGGCGCCGUUAAAGGCGACGGAGCAAAAUCUGUGUUUAGGGCUGAAUCGUCAGAUAGGGGUAGAAUCCCCAUUGUUUCUACCUCCAUAUCUGACAAUUCAGCCCUAAACGUCAGUGGAGGGUGGGAACGUAAUUGUAAGGUAUGUGGCCACCUUACAACUAGUAGGAGAUAUGAAGAAUUUUGUGACACAGAGAGCAAUAAUAGUUGUUGAGGGCAAGGUACAGCAUGCAAACAACUUGGCAAGCUAGGGAACAGCCUUCCCCUGGAAUUUCAUUAUACAUCUAUCUUUUAUCAUUUCCAUGACACAGAUUGUAAGAAUUAUAAAAACAAAAGGUUAAUGUCCAUUUUAAAGGCCAUUCUGUUCACUCCUUUGCCUUAUAUUUAUAGAGGGAUAUCGUUCAUAUGGCUAGGGAUUGGCAUUUUUUGUUUUCACACCAUGUCACCCAUUUAGGUCCCAGGCACAGACGCACAAGCAGCUUUGACCUUGUUCACCAAAGUCACUCGUGAUCCUCUAAAAACCACGAGGACAAAUUGUGAUAUUGUUUCCUGGUGCAUGUGAUUAGUCAGCUACUGAAUCACUCCAAAGCAAGUACUAAGGCAUCCCUAGUAAACACAAGGGAUUGGGGGCCUGUGUUGUUAUAGAAUUGUUAUUGUUAAGGUAUAGACGGUUCUUAGAGAUCUACUGUAGCAACUUGAAAUUCUAGCACUUUGCACGUGUUUGUGCAGUCAUAGCCAAGCAGUCAUUUGCCUCUAGCCUAUGUACAAUUUCUCCUAGUUAUCCAUAUUUAGAUGGGGCAGUCCGACCCUCCAGUGGUUUGUAGCUUAUUAGGAAGUAGGGAUGCACCAAAUCCAGGAUUCGGUUCGGUAUUCUGCCUUUUUCGGCGGGGUUCAGAUUCGGCCGAAUACACGGUCCUGGCCGAACCGAAUAUGAAUUAGCAUAUGCCAGUUAGGAUUUGGAAGGGUUAAAUGUCCGAGCGAACAUGGAAGUGAAAAAUUCACUAAUUAGGAUUUGGUUCGGUAUUCGGCCGAAUCCCUUGGGAUGGAUUCGGGGGUUCGGCAAAACCCGAAAAAUUGGGUUCGGUACAUCCCUAUUAGGAAGUAGUAGUGUUGCAACCUCAACCCUUUAAUACCGGCCACAUAUUCAAUCCACAUACUGCAUGGCUAGUUCGCACAUAAAUCAGUUCAGUCUGCAGCAUGCAAACUAGCCAUGCAGGAUGUGGAUUGUAUAUGUGGCUGUUAUUAAAGCAGUGAGGUGGCAACUCUAGGAAUUGGUCAGAAUUUAGGGCAGGUUGGGCUUGGCAUAAAGCACUCCAUUUUUAAGAAUGAAAACGUUAGGAGGGAGGUUGCACUGAAGGUGAUCCAAUAAUGUAGAACCACUAUUGUGUGUUUCUUGGGGACCCAGGGAAAAUGUGUUUUUCAGGAAAAAUAGGUGGGGUGGGGGGGGGGUCCUGGGACUUGUAAAUUGCAUUAAAAAAUCUAAAAUCCUGGAAUGUAAUAUUUCCUAGUUUGUAAUGAUCUAACCCAUGGAUUUAGUUUCCCCGUAUGCUGCAGUUUGCUAGUAUGUGCAGCCGUGUUUGCUUUAACAGACACUGAGAUGGCGAAAGGUUUUCUUUUUUUAAUAGAGAAAAAAAAAGGUAUUUAAAUCUUAUUUGAGCAUGUUAUGUAAAAAGGAGGCAGAAAAUGCAAUGACUAAAAUACAUUUAUAUUUGUACAUGUUUAAAAUAAAAUAUAUCAAAUAAUAUGGGU